AGUUUUGAGAGUGUGAGGGAUCGCGUUUGUAGAGGUCCAGAGACUCCGGGAUGAUGAGGCUUUCAUAGCUCGUCAUCGUCGGUCUUUGACUCCGGGGAAUGGAGGUUUAUUCAACCUCGCGCCGCCGGCUUUGGUGGUUCGCCCCUUUUCUCUGUUGGGUGCGACAUAACGGGUGGUGAAAAAAGGAAGUGAAACUGAGGAAGGCAAUCGCUGGAAGAGGCGAUGGUGUUGAAGGGGUAUGCGUUUUAUACGCAUGAUCUGGACGUGAUCCGGUGUGUGUCGGAGCGAUGAAGCUGAUGAAACCCGAUACCUUUAAUACAGUCGUUAGAGGUGGGUUUCAUCGAAAAAUAGUGGAGAAUAGAGUUUCUCCGAUUUGGCUCUGGAGUUGACGCUUGAAUGAUUUGAUGAUCGCCGAUAUUUUCUUUGCUGGUGGUGAUCUUUGGCGUUGAAGGCUUGUAGUCGUCUGGUGUGUUUUCCGGCGAUACGAGGUCUCUGGCCGUGUCUCCGGCGAUGAAUUGAAGCGGUACCGUUCAGGCGGCGAGAAAAGAAGUGGUGGAUGGGUGACGCGUGUCCCUGCGUUUGGGCUUUCUUCAGCACGUGGCGUUCAUGUUUCAUGAGGUGUCCGGACGCGUGUGUCGCGUUGACGGUGAAUCUCAACGCGUGAACGGUCACGUAUGUUUGGUUGACGCGCGUUUAUGUUUGUGGGUCGAUUGGGCUUUAGGCCCAUUUGUUUCUGUUUUGUUCUGUCCAUCUUGUGGGCUUUUAGUGUUUUUCUGUGUUUUGGGCUUCGGCCCAGCACUUUAAUAAAAGAUGGCAAAAAAAAAAGUUAUAAUUGGAGUCCAUCCGUUAGAGGUAUUUAUUUACUCUGUCCAAAUUUGGAAAAACUCGGUCGACAUCUUGAGCGUGAUGUUAUACGUUGAUAAGUGCGGGUCCGGAACUCGCUAUUAUUAACACAUAUCUUGUGGUUUUAAAAUGACUAUUUAUUCAUAAACUGAUUCAUCUUUUAAGUUUUUGUUGUGUAUUCAUAAAAAGUAUUACUGCUUUGUGUACUGUGUACACUUGUUAUAUGGUAUUUACAUUGAGUUCUAUGCCAUUGGAAUAUUACCAAUAUUUGCCCUUUAAACCCACAUGGUUUAAUCGUUGAAACAUGAUAUUGGCAGGUAACAAUCAUAAAUAGAGUAAAGAGAGAAUCAAGUAAACAUGAUAAUUGUUGCAUUGUUUGGACGUUUUUCAGUAAAUUAAAAAAGUCCAAAGUUGUGUCUGCCGACAAUAAUGGGACCAGAAACAAACGAGAAUAAUAAAUGAGAAAGCAGCAAACCAAACCUACACUAACUCCAAGGAGAACACAACACUCCCCUAUUAGAAAGUGUAAAAGUAGAGUGGGCCUAACCUAAAAUUCACAUACGCCGUUUAUUUCCCACGUGCUCGAUAACAACACAUGCUCCUGCUCUCUUCUCUUCACAACGCAUCGUCAUGCAUUUGCGUCAUUAUAUAAACAGCCAACUUACUCAACAAAAAUAUAGCAAACAAGAUUCAAACCAUAUUAAAAAAAAACAUUUAUUUUCUAUAUAUGACAAAGACAAUGGCGACCUCAAGCAUCAAGACUAUACCAAUAAUGGCGAUUCCAAGUUUCAACGUUUGCCACAAGCUCGAGCUCCUCAAAGAAGAAGGCAAAAGCCUAGCCCCGAAACGCCAAGAAGGAGAAAGAGAAGAAGAAGGGCUAAGCUACGAGUUCCAAGAGAUGUUGGAGUCUCUUCCAAAGGAGAGAGGUUGGAGAACUCGUCACCUUUACCUAUUCCAAGGCUUUUGGUGCCAAUCCAAGGAGAUUCAAGCUAUCAUGUCCAUCCAAAAACAUUUCAAACCGCUCCAAAACGACGUCGUUAUUGCUACCAUACCAAAAUCCGGUACAACAUGGUUAAAAGCUUUAACUUAUACACUCCUUAACCGACACCGGUUUGAUCCGGUUUCCUCAAACACUGACCACCCUCUCCUUACAUCCAACCCUCAUGACCUAGUACCUUUCUUUGAGUACAAGCUUUACGCGAACGGAGACGUUCCUGACCUUUCCGGUCUAGCCAGUCCAAGAACAUUCGCAACACACGUCCCUUUCGGUUCUCUGAAGGAUUCCAUCGAGAAACCUGGCGUGAAGGUCGUGUACUUAUGUCGGAACCCGUUCGACACAUUCAUCUCCUCGUGGCAUUACACCAACAGCAUAAAGUCGGAGUCGGUGAGUCCAGUCUCGUUGGACGAAGGGUUUGAUAUGUACUGCCGAGGACUGAUAGGGUUUGGUCCGUUUUGGGAACACAUGUUGGGAUACUGGAAAGAGAGCUUGAAGAGACCUGACAAAGUCUUGUUCUUACGCUACGAAGAUCUCAAACAAGACAUAGAGUCUAACUUGAAGAAGCUUGCAAGUUUCUUGGGCGUUCCUUUCACGGAAGAAGAGGAAGGAAAGGGUGUUACGAAGGCAAUCGUGGCGCUGUGUAGCUUCGAGAGUUUAAAGAAGUUGGAGGUGAACAAGGCGGGCAAAUCGAUCAAGAACUUUGAGAAUAGGCACUUGUUUAGGAAAGGAGAAGUGAGUGAUUGGAUUAACUACCUGUCCCCUCCACAAGCUGAGAGAUUGUCAGCGUUAGUGGAUGACAAGUUAGGUGGAACUGGUCUUACCUUCAGGUACUGCUGAACAAGGCCAUGCACGUCUUCACGUUUCAAAAUUAGUGUGUUGAGGGGGCCCUUUCAUUUGAAGUCGGUAUUAAAAAACAACAAAAGUGUAAGCAGUUGGUUUGUUUGGUAUAUACAGAAGAAGAAAACAAUGAAGCAACGUGAACACUAGUUUGUCGAUUUUUAUUAUAAUAAAAACUAUUGUGCUUGUUAUUAUGGGUUUUAAAAAAAAAAUUAUUGUGAUUUAAGUGUUAUCAUGUUAUGGUCUGGGUGUAACUGAAUGUAUCAAAAGAUAUGUAUAAAUACUUCAUGUGUAUGUUUUCUGUAAAAAAAAAUUGUAUUGUCUAGGGUAAGAUCAGAAGCAUUCAUCUUGAUCCCUAAAGUUUAAAUACUAGAUAGUUAUGGA